GUCCGUUUUGGCACUUCCUCCGAGGCCGCACACCCUGCUGCUCCGUUGGGCCGGCCCAUGAUGCAUUUUCUUGUUUUUUUAGAACUGCUGAACCUCCGCCACCCCCUCCCGUCGGCGCCGCUCAACCUUCCACCCCCUCCCUCCCGUCACAGCACGCCGCCACCCGCAUCAGGCGAUAGCAUACUGUAUCAGUAAGUAUCAGUAGCGCUCCUCUCGGCAGAGCAAGGUACAGGCGCGCUCCUCUCUCACUGGUUAGGUAUGAUAUCUAUUUCCUCAUGUGCCCCAUCCCUCGCCGCGGCCUCCUCUCUCACCGACGGCGAAUCCAAUCUCGUAGCAUACUGUAUCAGUAAGUAUCAGUAACAGGCGCUCCUCUCCUCUGCAGAGAAAGGCACAGGCGCGCUCCUCUCCUCUGCGAUCCUCUCUCACCGGUCAGUAGUACUUUUCUGAGUAAAGAUGUCAAGGCGAUGUAGACACCGAUGCUGUCCAGAUAAGAUUGCUGAUCUUCAGUUGACACCAAAUCAAAAAACAUUUUUGACUGAUAUUGGAUUUGGAUGUUUCAAUGAUAUUUUGUCUUGUAAACUUUGUGCUGAGUUGACAACGUGGCUGGUCAGACAAGUGAAUUGUGCUUCAAAAACUUUGGUGCUUGGUAAUAAGGCCAUCCCCAUCGAGCCAUUGGUUCCAAAGCUUCUUGGGAUUCCCAAAGGAACUAUGGAAGUUCAAAAAAGUUCUUGGAAGUGCAGCAAAGCAUUGAAACAACGUUACACUGAACAUGGUAGAGGGCAACAUGUUUCAAGUAUUGAAAAAGCGUUGAAGGGGCUAACGGAGGAAGAUAACAAAGCUGACUUCUGUAUUUCAUUCAUGCUUUUUGCAUUAGCUUACUACUUAUCUCCAAACACGACCCUUCAAGUCAAUCGUGACUUUUUGGAUUCUCUUGAAGAUGUGGACAAAAUCAAGGAAUUCAAUUGGUGCGCUUUUGUUGUCCAAUAUUUGAUUUCUAGAAUCGAGAAUUUCACAAACUUAAAGUCGGAAUAUGUGUAUGGGUGUGUGCAUAUCCUGCAUCUCAUCUAUUUUGAUUUUCUACACAAGUCCGAGAUAUGUCAGACACCACGGAUACAAUAUGUUCGGGGCGAGGAUCUCCACGAUCUUCAGCCACUUGAUUUAUCUUCGAAGGUCUUGAAUUUUUCGGAAACUUUAUAUGCCGAAGAAUUAUCUGGGUAUGCUGAAGAGGUGGCCAAUGUUGUGUAUGCUGAAGAGGUGACCAAUGCUGAUGGAACCUCAAAUGCUUGGAAGAUUUUUGAAGAUUUUGCUAAGGAGUCUAACUCUACUCUUAGUCAAUUGGUCGAUCAGCAAAUGUUGGUCACUAAGCAGAUGUCUGAUGCUCUAAAGGCCAGCGAAGAUUGGUCAUGCAAGUUAAAAGAUUUCAGUGUCACCUUUAAUGCAAAGCUACACAGUAUUGCACAAGUGCUAAAAAAUGGAACAAACAAGACCCUAGACAAAUCAGAUAUGGGUGAUGACUCCAGAGUGGAUAAGCAACAAGUCACCCCCACCUGAUUCUCUUACAGAUAUGGGUGAUAGAGUGAAUGGUCCUCUUGAAGGUGAUCAUGAAGGUCAGAGAGCUUGCUAGUUUUUAUGUUAGUUUAUUAAUUUCGUAAUCUGCUUGAGAUCCUCUUCAGUGACCUUUGGCCCAGUACUAGUGGCUUAGAUUCUGUGUGUAGGGUUGUUGGUCUUGUGGUCUGGUGGUCCUGUUUGUUUUUAUUUUGUUUUUGUUUUGGCCCAAGUCUGUAUCUAGACCCUCUUUUUCCUUCUUAAUGAAAUGACUCGCAGAUCUCCUGCGUGGUUCGAGAUA